GAUUUUUACGAAGAAAUGAAAGAAAUAGAGCGGACUUAAAAAUAAAGAGGAUCUCGAAGUGCAUUGUAUGUUUCUCCUGAAACAGUCCUUACCGGUUCUGUUAUGAUACGUAUCUCUCUCUAUUUAUUCUAAAAUUUACACAUGUUAUUUUUCCCAGUCUUCUUCUGUUGGGAUCGUGAAACUCAAAAAUCGGAUCAAAUGCUCUCUCUCACUUGAACACUACUCUCAUCUUUCAUUUCUUAUAACAGUUUUUUUUCAUUCUACUAAAAACUUUCUGUUCUUGGAAAACUUUCUGUUCUUGGAGUCUAUGUUUUAUCAAACGGGUGAUAAAGCAUUACUAGCACCGUGAGAGGGCAGACGAAAUCGCAGGGGUGAGAGGGGUGUCAGUGCAUUACUAGCACCGAGAGGGGGAAAAGAAAAAAGUGCCAAGAUUGUGAUCUGACAUUUGAAAGAAAGAAAAAAAAAAGGAUCCUCUCAAUUUCUAAAAAUUGAGGGAGAAAAUGUCAUCUUCAAAUUCGCCAUGCGCAGCAUGCAAGCUCCAAAGGCGAAAGUGCACGCAAGACUGCGUGUUUGCACCUUAUUUUCCAGCGGACCAGCCCCAGAAGUUUGCUAAUGUUCACAAUGUGUUUGGAGCUAGCAAUGUUGCCAAGAUUCUGAAUGAACUCAACCCUCUCCAGCGUGAGGACGCAGUAAACUCCUUGGCGUACGAGGCAGAGGCUCGUCUGAGCGAUCCAGUCUAUGGCUGCGUGGGUAUCAUUUCCAUUCUCCAGUACAAGCUGAAACAGAUCCAGAUCAGUCUCUACAAUGCCAAGCAGGAGCUUGCACGAUUGUCGAGCGGUCAGGCCUUCCACCCUACUCUCUAUCCACCAGGGUUUAUCCCAAAACUACAGCACCUGGACAACCCUUCCUCUUCUUCUUCAGUCUUGCCUUACAUUCCCACUGGAGCUGAUACGCAUGGUAGCCAAUUGGCGAUUCGCGAAACGCAGCGGCAACUACAUCAUCAGCAGCAACAACAACAUAUGUUGCAAAUGCAGCAACAUAUUUUUGAGGAACAAAAAAUGGUUGCGGCUGUGGCUGCCAGAGAGCAACAGGAACGGGAGUUUGUGAGGCUCAACACUGGAUUUGACCCAGCGGCCAACCUGGGUUCGAUCAAUCCCAAUGGGUAUAAUCAAAGGAAUGAUGCCGCUGCUGCUGCCAUGUCUCCUUUGGCUUUGGGCACAUUUGAAAACCCUUACUCAAUUCAAACACGGGUCGCUGAACCUCAACACCAUCUUCAACCACAACAAGGCCAACAAAGUCAGCCUCAGCAGCCUAAGUUGGAAAGCAAGGAGGGUAGGAGUUAGGUUAGUCAUGUUGAUUGAUGUUUUUGUUGCUAUUUGACCUUCCUAGCUUUUUUGUCCUUCCAUUUGAGGGAUGCAUUCUUUCAUUAGGUCUGCUAGAUGGAAAUCAUGAAUAAAAAUAUAUUCUUUGAAUGUGUGUGUUCCAUUCUGUA